GUCCUUUGAACGUCGUUGAGCAGCGUAACAAAUGUUGCCUCAUUCUCGACCUUCGCAAAGUCAACGCCCACCUCGAAAUUCCAAAGUUCAAGUAUGAAGGCUUGAAUCGGGUAGCCGAACUCAUCCGUCCCGGCGACUGGAUGUUCUCCAUCGACCUGAAGUCCGGCUAUCACCACGUUGAGAUGCACCCCUCCUCCUGGAAGUACUUGGGCUUCCAAUUUGAGGGCGCGUACUACUCCUUCCGCUCGCUGCCGUUUGGUCUCGCCACCGCCCUGUUCGUUUUCACCCAGCUAAUCAAACAGUUGGAGAAGGACGAAAUCCUCAUGCUCUUGGUGUAUAUGGAUGAUAUCCUUCUCUUUUCUGCAUCCACUGCUUUGCUGGACAGCGCAGAGCAGAUGCUGGAGAUGCAGUUCAAGUGCUCCAAGAUGGACGACUUUUCUGUCCAGAAUUUCGGAUUUAUAUUUUGAGUAAUUCUAGCUCCUAAGUUCACCUAGACUCUGUCCUUAAUCCUAACACCACC